GAACCGCACGCGCGCCUAGCAAUGAGCUGUUAUUAACUUCAGGAGAGUUUAUUUGUGUAUUUAUUUAUUUAUUCAUUUAUUUAUUUAUUAUAGUUCGUGGCAAAUAACCCACAAAUAUGUGCCACACGGACAUAUAUCUGGAUUACUGAGAGCCCCAGAGUGAAAUGUCCUGCAUUACCGUCUCCUGAUCGGUGCUGAUCAGGUCACACUCCUGUAAAACUCCACACUGUAUCAGAAGUGGAAGGUGUGUGUGUGUGACAUGCGCGAGGCCUGGUGAGCGUGCUCCUCCUCCUCAGCAGCAUGGGGAAACUGCAGAGUAAACUGCGCCGCCGCUCGGAUCUCUACAGAGCCAGAGAGGGGGCGGAGCCUACGCCUGUGCCACAGGUGGUGCAGUAUGAGGCCGCCCACUCUGAUGCCGUCAACUGCGUGACCUCGCUGACCUCUGACCUCUGUGUGUCAGGUGGGAGUGACCAGGCGGUGGUCGUGUACGACUGGAGAGCAGGAAAAGUGUGCAGAUGUUUUCAUGGACACAGCAAGGAGAUCACCAAGCUGGGUUGCUUCCCAGGCAGUACGUGGAUCUUCAGCGCGUCUCGUGAUAAAUCGGUGUUGAUGUGGGACUUCACCGGCGGCCCGAACCCCAUCCAGUCAUUCUGUGGACACGAGCUGGUCGUCAACGGAGUCGCUGUCAGCCCAGACGGCUCGAAGCUGUGCACCGGCUCUCGGGAUAACUCCAUGUGUCUGUGGGACGUCGAGAGCGGCAAGUGUCUACACAGAAACACCAUCUCACGCAACCUGGUGACUCACCUGUGCUGGGUUCCUGGAGGAACAUCAAUAGUGCAGACGUCAGAAGAUAAAACCAUCAGAGUGUGGGACAGUCGCACGUGGCAGGUGACCAACACGUUUCCGGCUAAGCAGUACAUCCAGACACACUGUGACGUGAGUGUGAACCGCUACCACCUGCUGUCCAGCAGCAACGGCUUCGGGGGUCACGGCUGUGAGGCCACGCUGUGGGACCUCAGACAGCCGGGCUGUAAGGUGGUGGAGUACAGAGGACACGUCCAGACGACGGCGUGCUGCGUCUUCCUCCCGCCGAGCAUCGGCUCGCCCGCGCUCGUCGCCUCGUCAUCACACGACAGCUCGGUCAAGAUCUGGGACCAGAACACGGCCGCGUGUCUCUUCACCCUGUCUCUGGACGGCUCGGGGCCCUUGGCGUCGGUGGCACCAUGUGACUCCAGCGCUCUCCUGUGCGCCAGCUACAACUCAGGGCUCCACCAGCUGCAGCUGUGCCAGGGGUCGAGUCCCAGCCUCAGGGAGGUGGCACGCUUCUGACCUGCGCUAACGCUAAUGCUAACGCUAACGCUAAUGACGGCGCCAACUUUCUGUCUGGAGCGGGCUUCUCACUCAGGGACACACACACACACACACACACACACACACACAGUGCCAUCCAGCACACAUCAUGAACUCUCUGACUUUCCCUCCCUCCCUCACACACACACACACACACACACACACACACACACACACACCAGUGGUUGGAUAAGCUCCGCUCAUGAUGUAAGUGUAGGACAAUUACUGAUUGGGCUAUGCAAAAGUAUUGGCACCCCCUCUACCUUGUCCAUCAAGAGAACUUCUGUGGGUGGGGGUUUAUACAGCGCUGAUCUGAUAGUGGUGUGUGUGUGUGUGUGUGUGUGUGUGUGUGUGUGUGUUGAGCUACAGUAUAAACAAACCACAACAACAAGAAAAAACAACAAGCCACAAUCAUUUUCUCCUUCUUUGUCCUUUAUCAAACACAUUAUGCAAAGAAAUGGCCUCACACACACACGCACACACACACACACACACACACCAUAUGAGCUCUACACGUGUAUGCUUACUGACAUGGAGAACCUGAUUUGGUUUUUCCUUCACCAAUUCUGAUUUGCAUUUCUAACCACUAAUGUAUACAAGAUACAAGAACACUUCACACAAACAGGAAAACCACACACACACACACACACACACACACACACACACACACACAGUGAUGCGGCAGAAGAAGUGGGAAAACCUGCGUAGAUAACAUUUUUUUUAUCAGUUUCCAUCUACAAAAAUAUACUACUGUGCUGCUACAUCCUGCUCCGCACAAAACAAGCAAAUGUCCUGAGUGUGUGUGUGUGUGUGUGUCACAGGUUCAAGAGCGUCCAAGCUCUUUUGAGAUUAUGUUUCGAGUCUGAAUUGACUUGAAUCAUUUUCACCAGCUGCUGAACUGAGCCAAAGGACAGAGCCGUAGUGCUGGAGGCCCAGACGCCGAACCCUGAACACCACCGAACACGUUGUUCACACACACUCAUGAGUGUAGAUUAGGAAAUUAGGAUUCUUUACACACGCGCUGAGCAGAACAGCGUCUCGGUCCUCGAGCAGGAGACCACGCCGGGUUCCUCUCCCGUCCGCCAAGAACAGGAACCCGACAGCCUGCGAGUUCUACAUCGCCCCUGGAGCGCGACCUCAACCGUUAGCUUUAGUGAAAUGUAGCACUGUGGGGAGGGGGAGGGGUCUGUCACUACAGGCUCCGCCCUCUUUUUCAUCCACACUCUCACCGCUGUCUCACAAAAUGCUGUAUUUAAGCAAAUUAGGGUUAGAGUGUUUGUGUGUGUGAACUAGAUUUCUGUUUGUUCUGAACAAACUUCACAGACCAAACACAAUCUCAGGAGACUUUAACCUUUAUUAUCAGAUCUCUAAACUCACUGAAUGUAGCAUUGUUUAGAAAUCUGGUAUCGUAAUUGUUUAUGCAAGUGUAAAUAUUUAAUAACAAAUAAAUAAUAAAUACAAAAAUCAUAAAUCGGUUGUGUUCAGUUUAUUUG